UGGAAGAUUCGGGGAUUGAUUAGUCGCGGAGGCAUUUCCUGAAUUUCCUCGCGCGGCUAGUCGUACUUUCAAGCCUAAUUCCACUACCGGAGGCUCCGUCGCCGACUCCCCCGCCCCACUCCGCCCCUCGCGAGUACGACGAGCGGCGAGGGACAAGUCUUCCGCGUUAGUGGACAGACGCAAGCUGCGCCUGACAUCUACCGCCAUUUGAACCUGAGACGCGAAGACCGUCAUCCCCGGCGCCCGGACUCCGCCUCUCGCAAUGCUGCGGUGGCUGAUAGGAGGGGGGCGCGAGCCGCAAGGGUUGGCCGAGAAAUCUGUACAGACCAUUGGCGAAGAACAAGCUCAGAAUCCUUACACCGAGCUUCUUGUGCUGAAAGGUCACCAUGAUAUAGUGCGAUUUCUAGUGGCAAUUGAUGACUACAGGUUUGCAUCUGCUGGUGAUGAUGGAAUUGUAUGUCUCUGGAAUGUUCAGACCGGAGAAAAGUUAUUUGAGCUACAUGGACAUACACAAAAAAUUACAGCUCUUGCAGCUUUUCCUUUGUCAGAUAGUUGUGAAGCAAAAUGCCGUAUGAUUUUGACAGCAAGCGCUGAUAGAACUGUAGUUGUUUGGGAUUGUGACAAUGGCAGGCAAAUUCACAAAGUAUCCUGUUUUCAUUCGACCGUAAAGUGUUUGACUGUUCUUCAAAGGCUGGAUGUAUGGCUUUCUGGAGGAAGUGAUUUGUGUGUUUGGAAUCAAAAAUUAGAUCUCUUGUGUAAGACAAGUCAUCUAAUUGAUGCAGAUAUCACUGCUAUGAUUGAAUUGCCAAAAAAUUGUGUGGCAGCAGCUGUUGGCAAAGAACUGAUAAUUCUAAGAUUGAAAGCUUCCAGAGAUGGAACUGAAUGGGAUGUCUCUGAAAUAAAACGGCUUAUUGAUCAUCAAGAUAAUAUUGUGUCAUUGGUCAGUGUCAGUGAUUUUGUUUUUGCAACUGGCUCCCAUGUGGGUGAAAUGAUUGUCUGGGAUUCAUUGGACUGGACAAUGCAAGCAUAUGAAUGCAGUUGGGAUGCAUCCCUUCAUGUGAACCCACAGCAAGAAAUAAAAUUAUCACAAAAUCAAAGUGAAACGUCAAUUCAGGAUUUAACUUCUGAUGAGGAGUGUGUGUUUGCUGCUGUUGGCAAGGGCAUAUACGUAUAUAACCUUCAGAUGAAACGUGUGAUUGCCUUCCAGAAGACUGCUCAUGAUUCCACUGUCCUGCACAUUACAAAAGUUCCAAACAGGAAAUUAAUAUCCUGUUCAGAAGAUGGUAGUGUUCGUAUGUGGGAAUUACAUGAAAAACAACAUCUUACAGCUGAACCUGUUCCAUCAGGCUUUUUCAGUAUCUGGGGAUUUGGUAGGACAAGCAAACAAGGAAAUCACACAGCUAAAAAGGCACCAGAGAGCACUACUAUUUUUUCCCUUGACCUUACUGGGGAUCUGAUAGGACACUCUGCAGCUGUGCAGAUGUUCCUUUACUUUGGUGAGCAUGGCCUAGCAACAUGCUCUGCUGAUCACCUUAUUAUUUUGUGGAAAGAUGGAGAACGAGAGUCUAGACUGCGCAGCUUAAUAUUAUUUCAUAAGUUAGAACAGACUGAAGACUUUCACUUAAGAAUACUGCUAUCAUACGAAUGAAAGAUAGCCAAAGCUGAGAAAAGCCAUCUGACUGAAACGCUUUGGCUUAUCCACAAGCCCUGCUGCUUACGUUGGAGU